AUUCUAAAGCACAACGGGUUCUGCGUCGCGCCAACACUCUGCUGCACUAAUGAGAUUUGUCAGCGCAGUAUGCAGUGUGCA